AUGGAGCAACCUCAUCCAAAACGACUUCGUACUGAUGGAUCUGAAAGUCUGGGAGCUGGAAGCCAGACAAAAGAAGAUGGAAGAAAGGAGGCCAAUAUACCCACAUUCGACCUCCAAACCACGGAUGCCGAUAAUGGUACUACAACUGAUGCCAACAAGAUUCUGGAAGCCUAUCAUGUUUAUCAGGCGGUUCAUUUCAAGGGAUGGAAUAAUCGCAGCGUCAAGAAGAAAGAAGAGCAGUUGUCAUGGAAAGAUAUUGGAUCAAUCUACCAAAGCUUGAAUGCUCAAGACAAAGAAUCAUGGUGCAUUGAGAAUCAGCAACUACAAGACAACAACACCGAAGAUUUGUUAAAGCCUCGUACGUUUUUGGCGCCAAGAAUCGUUCCCAGCUUUAGUGCUUAUUGCAGCUUUUUGGUUCAAAAGGACAAGGAUUCCUAUCAAGCGCUGCUAGAGAGAUUACCCGUGGCAAACUUUGCAUCCAAAGUACCACCAAUCAACGACCAGUCAUGGAGCUAUGAACCCUGUGUAUGGAUAUUUUUUGGUCGCAAUCCAAUAAACACUACUAGCAACAACAACACGCCAACAGGAGAGCCACUCGAGGGGAGAGGGCUUCACACGGACAGUGUCAGUCAUGACGGAACAUGGCAUUUUCAGCUUUCGGGGCAGAAGGAUUGGUUCCUGUCACCUUCCUGUGAUUUAGUUCGGCAUUGGCAGGAGGAACAGCAACAAUCCACAAAAAUUCCCCCCAGUUGGGAUGAGUCCACCAAACUACAUGUACCCUGUCAAGAGGGCGAUAUUCUCAUGGUCAAUACCAGGUUGUGGUUUCAUCGAACUGUCAUUCCGUCCCAACAGAAUCCAUCUGUCUCGUAUGCCAGAGACUUUCGAAUGACCACCAAGGACGCUACCGCUAGUAGUGAGGAGGAGGGCUGCGGGGCCAUGUCAAACCUGGAUGGGCUCUAUGCUCGCAGUGAGAUUGAAGCAGGAACCAUCAUCUUCUCCGAAAAGGACAUGCCCGAUUGUGAAUUGCAUCGGUCCAAGGAUAACCCCAACUGCGAAGUUGUGGAAUUGGAAGAUGGCACCAGUGCGGUCGUGUCGAGGCGAACUAUUGUCUGCGGCGAGUUCUUUUGUGUCGCCGAAUCAUCGGAUGAAGAAGAAGAUGUAGAAGGGGAAUUCGAGGAAGAAGAAUUCGAGGAGGAUGAAUAG